UGUUUCAAGAAAACAAUGGACCGUUUCUGUGAAAGGUUAUGUGUAAUUUUAGUUCUCCCAAUAUUCUUAUCUCUAUAAGGGAAUCAUAAAAGUGCCGACAGCGAUAAGUCGAAACCAAUCUAUUGUUCUAACCGUGGGAACUGCGCCGGUACAAUAUAUGAUACUCAUUUGAAAACACUUUUUGUAGUUGUAAAUAUCUAUAUAAAUACAAUAUUUGUUUUAUCACGUUUGAGUAUUUAUUGCAUCAAUUUGCAUAUAAUGUAUUUGGAAGCGUUUGUGAAAAGCUGUAAAUAAUUAUUGAAAAGUUUACCUUUGAGUUUCUUGGCACUUCUCUCGAAAUGAGUUUCUGACUUUGAUUGCUCGUAUCGACUUAUGUUGUGUAAUAUGUCUUACCUGCUUACAGGGCGAUGUAUAUGAGCCACUGUUCCAUUUUCAGACAUCUAGGGUACAAGAGAAGCGUCCUCAGAUAAUGACCUCGUCCACUGGCGGCCGCCGAAUUUUGAAGGCUCGUCGCUCGCUGCCUCUUCAAGGUGAGAAAAUUGCUUUGAUGUUGGUUGAUUCUGGCAGCGACGCCGACAUGGACUCGACGGACGAAGAGGACGAGGAACAGCUUAGGCAACGUGGCGCCCGCUUACGACAUUGUAUGAAAGAUAGAACGGCAGGUAAUGUUGAAAAGGAUGUAAGAUACGAAUAUGAUGAUGAACUGGCUGUGGAAGAUGUUGUAGUGGAAGGUGAUGAAAGCAUGACUGGUGAGGCUAAGGAGAUAGUGACAGAGGACGUGAAUGAGAUGGGGGGGCAAAAUGACCUGGUACCGAAAGUUAGUAUGGUUUUCAACUGGACUGAUAACUUUUCUAGUUUUACCGGACAAAAGGAAACAUACCAAAGAAAUCCUGGUCCAGCAUUCAGUUCAAAUGACCCUACCGAGAUAUUUCUCAAAAUUUGGGACGAGGACGUUAUGGGUCUCAUAGCGGCGGAGACAAAUAAAUAUGCAAGGCAGCAUAUUGAACAAUACACUGGUCCCGCGAAUAGUGCGGCUGUUCCAAAGUAUUUGGAGCAGUGGUCGGAUGUGACGAUACAGGUAUUGUAUCAAUUGUUUGCCGUGUUUAUUUUUAUGUCUCUCACUCCUCGUGUCAGACUUCAGGAUUAUUGGGAGAGGAGCGUAAUAGAGAUGCCGAGAUUCACGCAAAUAAUGUGCCGCAAUACAUUUACUUUGAUAACAAAGUUCCUGCACUUUGUGAGCGACAUAGAUAGUUCGGUUCAUGGUUGUGCACGAAACAUUUGCAAAGUGGCUCCAGUACUUAAUCACUGCAAUAAGAAGUUUUCGGAAUUAUACAUUCCCACGCAGCACAUCUGCCUUGACGAUUCCUUGCUACUUUGGAAGGGCCGCCUAAGCAGGCGGCCAUGUAUAAGGUCGAAAGCUGAUCGUUUCGGCAUUAAAUCUAUUGACUUGUGCGAGUCUGCCACCGGCUAUUUGCUCAAGACCAAGUUUUACACCAGCAAGGAAAUGUCCUUGCAUCCAGAUCCUUUUCAUGGGUUCACAAACACAACUUCCAAGGUUGUAUUAGAGCUCAUGGAUGGGUAUCUGGAUUUUGGGCAUAUCUUAGUUAUGGAUAACUGGUUCAACCAGAUACCACUAACAAGAUACCUGAAAAGCCGGUGUACAGAUGUACUAGGCCAAAUAAACCUAACGCGUAAAAAUAUCCCACAGGUCAUGAAAGAUUUAAAGCAGAGUCAUGUUGCACGUGGGACUUGUAUAGCUAGCCACUGCGGUGACAUAGCUCUUGUCACGUGGAGUGCCGCGAAGUUAGUCACCGUAGUCUCUACGUACCAUCAACAUCAAAUGGUACCGGGAAUGCGAGCUGAGGAAAGCAGGAAAAAGCCAAUCGCGGUAGAGGAGUACAUCCACAAUUCGGGCGGUGUCGCCCUCAAAGAUAGGAAACUUUCAAAAUUUCUGUUCGAGAGAAAUCAAUGCCAUAAAUGGUAUAAUAAGAUAUUUAAAAGGCUGCUUAAUACCAGUAUUCUAAAUGCAUAUAUAAUAUACAAACGUAAUUCAAUCCAUGUGGCGUACUCACACAGAGAUUUCCGCAUGAAAGUGGCGGAAGGGUUACUUGCCCGAUUUGGCAGAGGUCAUAGGUUGCCAGCCUUAAUACAAAACUCGCACAACAGUGAACUGCGUCUCCGGCCAGGACCUCAUAAUCCAGUGAAUACUGAGAAAAUGCCCAACAACCAGGGGCACAAGAGAUUGUAUUGCGGCAUGUGUAAGGCUCGAAAAAAACGUACCCAGGUCAGGCUUAUGUGCAGUCUGUGCCAGGUGGCGUUAUGUGUCGGGGAGUGUUGGGCAGAUUACCAUAGUCUUGAUAAUCUGACCGACACUCCCCGAAUUCGGGGCAACAAAGAAGAAUGAGUGGCUUACUUGAAAGUGGAAUACUUGAAGGAUUUGAAAGGAUAAGUUCGAUAGAUGAGGUACAUUAUUAUUCUGAGCAGGAAGUAGCUUCUGUUUUUGAGAUUUUUUUUUCUGACAUUCCAGUUUCUAUCACAAGCACCCUUGUCUCCUCGACCAGCUGUUGCCGAGUCACUUCUUUCGGAAAAUGUUAAAGAAUGUAAAUACAAUUUCAAAUUCAGUGUUGUUAGUCCAGCAGAAAUAAUUAAAACUUUCAGAUCUUUAGAAAUGAAAAAAACUGCUGAUAUAUGGGGCAAUUCUGUGAAAACAAUAAAUUCAGUAAUUGACGUCAUAGCACCAUAUCUAGCAUUAGUUUUUAAUAGCUGUAUUGAACAUGGCGUGUUUCCUGACCUUCGGAAAUAUAGUAAAAUUACACCAAUAUUUAAAUCGGGACUUACUUCUGACCCGAAUAACUAUCGCCCUGUUUACGAUUUGCCGACCGUUAGUAAAAUUAAAAAAAAAUAAUACAAAUGCUUACUCACUUUAACACUUAUAAGCUACUUCAUAUAAAAUACAAUUUGGCUUUACUAGAGGACGCUCGACUACGGAUGCAGGUGUUGAACUCAUCAGGAAUAUUUCUGAGGCCUGGGAGGAAUCACAGAAUGCACUUGGUAUCUUCUGUGAUUUAUCGAAGGCUUUUGAUUGUGUUCAACACUUAACGCUGGUCAGAAAGCUAUGUCACUGUGGUAUAAGAGGAUCUGCGCUCGAUCUUCUGAUCUCAUAUAUUUAAAUAAUAGGAUUAUGAGUGUCGAUGUGAAUGGUAGGAGAUCUCCUGGGACUCCUCUCGGUAUGGGGGUACCACAAGGGUUAUUCUUGGACCCUUCCUCUUCAUAAUUUAUAUGAAUGAUCUACCUAACUUUGUAGAAAAAAAACACAAGAUAGUAUUGGUUGCGGAUGACACUGCGCUCAUAUUCAAAGUAAAAAGAAGCCAAGUUUUAUAUGACGAAGUAAACAAUGCUCUAUCUGACAUCGUGUACUGGUUUAGCGCCAAUAACUUAUCGUAUAGGAAUAAAACUAAAUAUAUUAAAUUUAUUGCGCCAAAUGUUAAAAAUGUAGAUCCGAAUAUUUUAUUAAACGGAUGGCAUUACUUCCUUUACUUGAUUCCAAAUUGCAAUGGGGCCCGCAUAUUGAAGGAUUGUCGAAUAGACUUAGUUCUGCAGCGUAUGCGGUUAAGAAAAUUUUGCAUAGUAUUAUGUCCUAUGGUAUAUUGUUAUGGGGCAGUGCAGCCGAUAUUAAUACCAUAUUUGUGGGCUAUUCGUGCUAUUUAUAACAUAGGUCAUAAAGAAUCGAGAGCAAAAUUCAAAGAAAUUACAUCUUGACUGUUGCUUCUCAAUAUAUUCUUGAUAAUGUAAUGUAUGUUCAUAGGCACAUAAGUGAAUUUGUAAGAAACUGUCAUAAUCAUAAUGUUAACACCAGGAACAUACAUAAACUUAUAAUGCCUACUACUCGGCUAAGUCGAGUUAGUAAGUCUUUUGUGGGGCGAUGUAUAUGCUUUUACAACAAGAUCCCAGAAAAUGUUCAAAACAAAAGUAUUACGUUAUUCAAAAGAAUUGUUAAAAAACGUUCGUGUGGUAAAGGUUACUAUAACAUAAAUGACUUUCUUAAUGAUACCACAGAUUGGGAAUUGAACGACCGCCCUCAGGCUAUUAAAUAAUAAGUUUAAUUGUACAACAUUACUUUGUAAGCAUAUUUUUUGAUGAAAAAUAAAAGACCGCUUAUUUUGUUGCGCCCAUUCUUCUCAGGUUUUCUGCUGAGGCAUUAAUGGAAUGAGGUAGUGUUUGACUUUCAUGGGUGAUGUCAUAUCCUAUUUUGAAUAAAAAUAUUUGAAUUUCAAUUAGGAUCUGAGUGAAAGUAGCGUACGCGGAUUUACUUUUUAAAUAAAAAUAUAAUUACUUUGAAUAAAUUUUAAAUUCAUAUUAACUACUGAAUGUCCAUACAUAUCUACGUGUUUAGCGGUACCUGUAUGUAUGUAGCAAAUACAUAGUCAAAUAACAGACUGAUAUCAAAGCUAAACUGUAAAUGAAACUAUCCAUAUUUUUUUAUUUUCACGUCUCUGUGUCUAGCGUUAUCUGUAUGUAUGUUUAUAGCGAUACUGAGUCAAACUAACUGUUAAUAAAGUAAUUUUUUAUAUUUUCACAUUGGCAUUGUUUUAGAUUAAAAAAAUUGCAUUAUUGAAAUAAAAUUGUGCAAAUAUUAUGUUACUUGUUUCUUUACUUUUCCAUUACAACUCAUUUCAGAC